AUGACAUUCUACAAGCAAGAAAUGCACGCACCGUCGUGGAUGGACGAAUUGUUCUUUGAGAAAGUGCUCCAGAAAUCGGAAAAAGAUCCCAACUUAUCAGUGAGUGCAUGUAAUCUAAGUCCCGGAUCGAAGGCCGGUGAUCACAUUAUGAGUGCUGUUCUACGUGCAGUGGUCCAAUAUCAAAGUCACGGGAAACAGUGUGAGACGUCUUUGAUAGUGAAAACGCUUUGCGAUGGACACAUUCGGUCACACGUGGAGCCACUGUUCGAAACGGAAACCAUCAUGUACGAAACGGUUGUGCCGGAGAUGGAGCGGCUGCUUCGAACGGUGAGAGCUGAUACGGAGUUCGGACCGAGACUUCUACACUCCAGUAAAAAUCCAACAUUGGUAAUGGUUUUCGAGGACCUUACCAAACGAGACUACACAAUGAAAUACAGCCAACUGAAUCUACACGAGGCAAAGAUAGCAUUUACCAAAUUGGCACGAUGGCAUGCAGCGUCCAUGUUUCUCGCAGAUACACUACCAGCUAUCAAAACACCGAACAAGGGUCUGCUGAACAUGGCACAAUACGCCAACACGAAAUGGGCAGCCAACAUCGCUCUGGUAGCGAAACUGUGCCACAGCUGGCCUGGAUAUGGAGUAUACGCGGAACACCUGGAGAAAUUCGUACAAACAUUUGCCGCAAAGCUGAAGCAGACGUACGAAUCCAGUGAAUCAAAUAUCUACAAUGUUUUGAAUCACGGCGACUACCAUUACAAAAACAUGAUGUUCAAAACCAUGGAUGGAAUCACUGAUGAUAUAUUACUGCUUGACUAUCAGAUAAGCGUUUGGGGCACACCUGCUAUAGAUCUGAUAUACGCACUUUAUACAGCGCUCUCUGUCGAAACAAGAGACAACCACCGAGAUGAGCUGAUUAAAUUCUAUCACGAUGAAUUUGCUUCAGUGUUAACCAAAGCAGGAUAUUUGAAGAAGAUCCCGACACUUCUCGAUUUACACGUGGAACUCACAAAGUGUGGCCAUCUGGAACCCUUCUGGACAUGCUGUCUCCUGCCAUACAUGAUGGUACCUAUGUCAGAUCUUGCCGAAAUACAGAAAGAUAUCCAAGGAGGCGUGGAUAUGUCUGAUGUGGACAAGCUGAAGAAGAUCAAACUAGCCAUGUUCCAACAUCCCAAGUACACCGAGAUGAUCAAAAGAUACCUUCCCAUGUUUCUGUAUAAGGGUUCGCUCGAAUAGUUAAGCAUAAAUUAGGAUAUCAUUCUUAUGAGCUAAUCGAAUAAAAUAAACUGUAUAAAAGCAAUACAUUUCGCAUUGAAUCAUAUUGAUGUC